AGCCGAAGAUGUCGGCUCGGUCAUAUGAUCAGCUGUGUCCAAUCACAGCUGAUCACAUGGGACAUGUACACUGAUCAUCAGGGCACUGAUGAUCAGUGUGCCCUGAUGAUCAGUGUGGCCCCAGAAGUGCCACCUGUCAGUGUCCAUUAGUGCCAGCAGUCAGUGCUCAUCAGUGCCACGUGCCAGUGCCCAUCAGUGCCACAUCAAUGCCACAUAUCAGUGCAUACCAGUGCACAUCAAUGCCACAUAUCAGUGCCCAUCUGAGCUGCCUUUCAAUGUCACCUAUCAGUGCCAGUCAGUGCCACCUAUCAAUGCCAAUCAGUGCCACCUAUCAGUGCUGCCAAUCAGUG